AACUGUGGGUAAGUGUUUGGAUCUUCAACUGUGGGUAAGUGUUUGGAUCGUAUGUGAAAGGAUGCUGACUGUAUAUCGAGUUUUGUAACAAUUUAGAAUUUAAAUUCAUUCAAAUCUAAUUGUAAACAUUUCUAUCAGUUCGUGGCCAGUUCAAUAAAUUUGUGUUGCAGUAUUCUUUAUUCGUUUUUGAUAUUAUUUGAUACGGAGCCUGAAAUAUAAAAAACCUCGUUUAUUUGUUGGAUGAAGGGUGAAGUGCUAUCAAAGUGCCUCAUUUCUUUUCUGGAUGGGGCGAUUGUAGUUCCUGUAGUUCUUGAACGGAGAAGAAAGAAAGUUGUUGAUGGAUGAAUAAACUUUGGUUCCUUUUCUUCAUUUACGUCUCUUAACAUGAUCUUCCUCCUACUGUCGCCCCAGCCUGAGUAAAGUGUUGGCUCGCCAGCUGCAACUUACACCUCUCAAGCUCUCAAUAUCCUAAUACAUAUCUAACAAUUUCUUGAUACACGUAAAUAUAUUUUUAUCGAUAGAUAUUUGAAACUGUAAAUUGAUAUUUUGUUAAUAUAUAACGUUUGUCAAAGUGAUAUACACCCAAGUCUUUUCUGUGUGGUGAUACAUAGCUAACAUCCAUUGAUACACAUUUCACCUAGUAUUCUUGCCCUUUUCGUCCCGCCCUUCUGGAGUUACACCUGAUGGUCAUUAAUCAGAGCCGUUCGAUACACGUGCUGCGAGUUUGGCUACCGAAAUCUGAAAGAAUUCCGACUGCCGAGAAAAAGGCUUCAGUCUUCCGCCAAUUCCAUGGCGGUGGUCUUCAGAUGGGGGAGGAACUCCUUCCUUUGUUCUCAUCCCAUGGUUCGUCGUCGUCGUCUUCUUCUCCGGUUUAUCUCCACUUCUGCCCUCCCCGUGUAUCGAAAUUCGGGAAGAGACCUCUCCGUCUACAGCUCCAGGAUCCGAGAACUAGCGCGCCUCGGCCAUGCCAGCGAAGCCCGCCGGUUGUUCGACGAGAUGCCGCACAGGGAUACCAUCACCUGGAACUCCAUGAUCCUCGGGUACUCCCAGAACGGCAUGAUGGAGGAGGCUCGCUCUCUCUUCGAUGCCUUCGCUGGUAGGAAUACCAGGACGUGGACCAUUCUAGUCUCCGGGUACGCCAAGAACGGGCGCGUCGACGAGGCUCGCCUCCUGUUCGACUCAAUGCCGGAGCGCAAUGAGGUUUCUUGGAAUGCCAUGAUCAGUGGGUAUGUCCAGAAUGGGGACAUCAAGCAUGCUUGGAUUUUGUUCGAUGAAAUGCCUGAGAGGAACAUUGUGUCGUGGAACUCUAUGAUCACCGGGUAUUGCCACGCGCAUCGGAUGGGGGAAGCUCGAAGACUUUUUGAAAAUAUGCCAGAGAGGAAUCUGGUUUCUUGGACUGUGAUGAUUUCUGGGUAUGCUCAGAUUGAUGACCACAGCGAGGCGUGGAGGGUUUUUGUUAGAAUGCACCGCGAGGGAGUGAGCCCGGACCAGGCCAAUUUUGCCGCCGCUGUCUCUGCGGUUGUUGGUCUCGGUGACCUCAAGCUGCUCGAGAACCUGCGGACGCUUGCGAUCAAGGCUGAUUUUGAGGGGGAUGUGGUUGUGGGCACCGCGAUGCUAAAUGCAUACACGAGAGAGAGUGCAGGGUUGGACAUGGCAGUGAAGUUCUUUGAGGGAAUGCCGGAGAGGAAUGAAUACUCUUGGUCCACUAUGAUUGCUGCCUUCUCGCAUGUUGGACGGUUGGAUGAUGCUCUCUCUGUUUAUGAGAGGGACCCCGAGAAGUCGAUCGCCUCUCGGACUGCAUUGCUGACUGGUUUUGCUCAAAAUGGUAGGAUUCACGAGGCAAGACUCCUAUUCGAACAGAUUCCAAACCCUAAUGUGGUGUCCUGGAAUGCCUUGAUUGCUGGGUAUGCACAGAACAGUAUGCUUGAUAAGGCGGAGGAGUUAUUUAAUAGAAUGCCCGUAAGGAAUGCAAUCUCAUGGGCCGCGAUGAUAGCUGGCUAUGCACAGAAUGGGCGGAGUGAGGAAGCUCUGGAGCUUCUGUCAGAGCUUCAUGGGCUCGGGAUGCUGCCCAGCCUUUCAAGUUUCACCAGUGGUUUCUUUGCCUGUGCUAACAUUGGAUCUCUCGAGAUGGGCAAACAGUUGCAUGCUCUUGCAAUUAAGGCUGGUUCUCAGUUCAAUUCAUUUGUUAGCAAUGGUCUGAUUUCUAUGUAUGCAAAGUGCAGGAAGAUGGAAGAUGUAAGUCAGGUUUUUAGCUGGAUGAGAGUGAGAGAUACUGUAUCCUGGAACUCUUUGAUUGUGGCACUAUCUCAGAACUAUAUGUUGGAGGAUGCACGAACUGCUUUUGAUAAGAUGCCCAAUCGAGAUGUAGUGUCCUGGACUGCCAUGAUUUCAGCAUAUGUACAAGCUGAACAUGGGAAUGAGGCUUUGAAACUAUUCCUCAGAAUGUUACGUGAAGGAAUUUUACCCAACUCGUCAACAAUAACUAGCCUGCUUAGUACUUGUGGGAGCUUGGGUGCCACGAAGCUAGGUCGGCAGAUCCAUGGCCUUGCUAUUAAAUUGGGUUAUGCUUUGGAACUCUUUGUGGGCAAUGCUUUGAUAACAAUGUACUUUAAGUGUGGCUGUGUUGAUUCUUUCUGGGUCUUUGAUGAGAUGGUGGAGCGUGACAUAGUUACAUGGAACUCAGUGCUUGCAGGCUGCGGUCAGCAUGGUUUUGGGAGAGAAGCCAUUGAGAUUUUUGAGCUGAUGAAAUCUGAAGGAGUUUUGCCAAACCAGAUCACUUUCAUGGGGCUCUUAUGUGCCUGUAGCCAUGCUGGAUUAGUCGAUGAAGGAUGGCACUAUUUUAAGUCAAUGAACAGAGAUUAUGGGCUCAUGCCACUGGAGGGGCAGUAUGCCUGUAUGGUGGACCUUCUUGGCCGGGCUGGUCACUUGUAUGAAGCUGAAGCAUUCAUAGAGAACAUGCCUAUUGAGCCAGAUUCUGUAGUCUGGGGAGCACUGCUUGGUGCUUGCAGAAUCCAUCAGAAUGUGGAACUUGGCAGAAGGGUUGCUGAAAGGCUGUUUGAUAUGGAGCCACAGAAUUCUGGAAAUUAUGUUUUACUAUCAAAUAUCUAUGCAUCUCUUGGGAUGUGGGAUGAAGUUGAAGAGGUGAGGAAGCUGAUGAGGGAGCGAGGUGUGACAAAAGUGCCAGGGUGCAGCUGGAUGCAAAUAAGAAACAAGAUGCACUAUUUUGUCACUGGAGAUAAGCAGCAUGAGCAGAUUGAGGAGAUACGUGCUACUCUGAAGGAGUUGUAUAGGAAACUGAAAGAUACAGGUUAUGUUCCUGACACCAAAUUUGUUCUUCAUGAUGUGGAGGAGGAGCAGAAGGAGAAUGCUCUUCUCUACCACAGUGAGAAACUAGCUGUUGCUUAUAGUCUCCUGACAACACCCAAUGGCACACCAAUGCAAAUUAUGAAGAACCUCCGAAUUUGUGGUGACUGCCAUACUUUUAUCAAGUUCGUAUCCAAGGUUACUGAAAGAGAAAUUGACAUAAGAGAUGGAAACAGGUUCCACCAUUUUAAAAAUGGUGUUUGUUCUUGUGGAGAUUAUUGGUGACUUUGUAUUUAUCUUGUGAGGGGAUUCAUAGAAAGAAUCUCUGCUAAACUGCUAGAUGGUCAGGAGCAAAGAAUUCUUAAUGGAUAAAGAAUCUGGUUCCAACUGUUCUAGAACAGGUGUUGCUCACGAGGAAAUUACUGGUGGGGGCUUUUGUGGCAACGAUGAUCAGAUGAGGCUUGCAGAAUUCUGGUUUUUUGUGGAAGCAUUAAACCAUUCACUGACCUUGAUGGGCAUAGCUGAGCUUCGCUAUCUAAUGUUUUAAAGAGCUCAAAGAUGAGUGGCUUCUGAAGUUAUCUGCAAUCUUGCAUCUGAAGGUCCAGAUUGAUGGGAAGAGAACCUGCGAAUGCAUCUUUCUUUGCCCAGAGUGGCUUUGCUUUUCGAUAUACUGGCAGUUUUGCAUUAGAAGGCCUUGAUUGAUGGAAGGAGAAGCUUCUGAACCAGACCAGAGGCCAAAUGAAUUACAGAAAAAGAUAUGAAUCAUUAUUUUAUGGUUUGUCAUGUUCAGUGACAAACUAGAUGUAGUAGAAUGAAAAUGAUAACAGAAUGUCAAAAGUUACUGCAAUAACAGAAUCAAUCCAGAAAGAAGUGACAGCAAGAAUCUGAUAUUUUUUAUUUAAGAAUGUUUUGGAUUUCUUCAACAAUCAACUUUACUCUUGAGAUUGCCAAACAACCAUGCUUCAGGUGCAAAAAGGAAAAAUGAAAAAAGAAUCAAAAGGAAACGGAGGAAGAAGUGGUUACAAUAUGGAGCACAGUGUUCUGAUACCAUGUGAAAAAGCAUGUACAUAAGGAAGAGAGAGAGAGAGAGUAUGCAGCAUGGUUCUUAUCAGUCUAUGCCAUUUAUGAAUUGCUUGUAUAUUUAAUCUUUUGAUAGUGAUAAGGUCCUGGAAUGACUAAUCUUAUCUUGCUUGAGUUGACAUUUAUAAAUCAGGCACCAAUUAGGGAGCACGUAUUCACUUUUGGUGGUCUGUUAUGAUCUUAAAUCUGAAAUUUGGACCAAUAUAAAAUGUCUUCAUUCUUGAGCUGACAAUAACUGAAGGCGCUCAGUGAAGGUGCAACCUAACCAGGUUGAGAUGGCAGCAAUCUGCGUCCAUGUUUAACAAUAUUACGAGGAUGGUGGAGUUUAUGCAUUAUCUUGUACAAGUUCAAUGCCAUGGGACAUCACGGAAUGGAAAUUAAUGUAUACAAUUCAUGGCUUACUGAUGAGGGGAAGAUGGCGCCUGCUUUUCAAUAUGAUACACUAAUUUUCCAUCUUUACAUUAGUGUUGCAAAAGAUAGCUAGGAUGACUUUAAAUGGUUAAGUGGACUUCAUUUAUGUGUAAGUUUGUUCUCGAACAGUCUCCUGAAGUUUUCUCCCUUUCAAAUUAUUAUUAUCAUGGAAAAGCUGUGAUUAAGCAUGCACAUGCAUGCGUGCAGAAAGACAUAUGCACACACACACAUGGCCUACGUGCACACUCGCUUAUAUGGAUGCAAACAUUCCCAUGCACACUAUCAUCAACAUCUCAAUGUUUCUAUUGUUUGAACAGAUCUUCUGAUUUUCUAUUUUUUUUUUUGCAAAUUACACUUUAUAUCUGAUAUAACCUUUGGGAUUUUGACGACAGUAGCAUUUGUUUCUCAUUUCAGUGACUAUGGGAAUUGUUUAGUGAAAUAACCGCUGUUUUCUGAUCGAGCACGUUAGCUAAUUCAAACAAAUGGCAUUUCAAAACAUGCUAACUGAAAUCAUGUUGCUGAUUGACUUCUUGCUCCCUUUUAAGUUUUAAACUUGAAGAUUGAUUUCUUGGACUCCUGUUUCUAUUAACAUUUUCUUUUAAAAAUCUUACUGAUAUACUCCUCUUUAUAUUUACAUAUAUCAGAAUAUUUUAAAACUUUUUUUACCUGGAAAAGUAGUUGAGCCUCCCCAUACAACAAUUGACCUCAGAUAUUGUGAGUGCAUCAAGCAUAAGCAACAAGUUGGGAAAAUGGCUGGGUUUUGCCCUGGACCUACUGCAUUUAUCCAUAUUCACGCAUUUUUGUUAUGUUACACUCUCUUUAGCUAUGCCUUAUAUUCUUUCUGAACAGAAAAGAAGUACCAUGGUAGUGGGCAAUAACCCUCCAACAAUAGCUAUAAACAUGACUAACAUCACUAUCAAAAUAAUUUGGAAAGAUGUACAGAUCUUUAUCUGCUGUUAUUAUUUAUAAGGGAUACUUUAUCUCUCUCUGUAUGCUUUUCCAUGAUAAAACUGUUAUGUGGGAUGGAAUUUAACAAUCAGGCCUGUGGCAUCGUCUCAUUUACUGUGCUCAAAUCUUCAAUGAUAUUGGAUCACUGAUGUGAUUCCUAAAUCAAGUACAGAGAAUUUAUAGUCAAGGUCUAGAGCGUGAACAUUUUAGAAAAUUCUAUGCUGUCAAAGUUGUUAAUUCCACUUUUUUGUCACUUUUUAUUUCGAAGCUGGAAACUGUGAGCUGGAUAGUUCUACAAAUUCAACUUUUAGCAUCAGAUGUCAUAUGCGCUUCAAUAGUUAUGCUUGACUUAUACUUGACUUAAGCUCUGUUUGGAUGUGGACAUUGCUUAGUUGCUGAUAUCACAAAUGCAUCACAAGGAGCAGUGCGAGUAGUCCAGAAGGGGAAGAAAGGGCCUAUUGAGGGAAGCCAUCAAAUUUGAAAUCCUUAAAUUUUAUGGAUAAUGUAAAUCAUGCUUUACAGGGAUAGUGUGAUUGGCGGCUUCUCCUGAUCCUACAUACUCCUUCCUGGCUUUCUCACUCCACUUUUCUCUUCACCCUCCCCUCAUGCAAGAGAUAUUCAACAAGUAAGAUGUGUCCAAAUAGAGCCUUGGAGUUGAGAGAUAAUCACUACAUGAUUUUGACCAUAUAAUCAGGCAGAACCACUUUUGGUUCAACCAUGGAGAAUAUGGUUAGCCAUCGUAUAGCAUAAACAUCAGUCAGUGGAAGACAGUAAAGUAGUAAAAGUAUUCUCUCAGUAUCCCUUCUCUCUUUAAUUUUUUUUCUAUAUAUGUAAUUACAUGUUAGAUUUCUAAUACUCAAAACUCAAAUUUUAUUCUGUUUCCCCCGAUAACUAAAGCCGUCAUCACGACCAUCAGAUUGUUGGAAGGUGCUCCAAAAGUUAAUAUUCAUGGAUUUAAAACGAAAAUUGUCUUCGGUUGGUCUGGUUUAUGCUUCCUUUUAACCUCAUAAAUAUGAUGAAUAAGCAGAUCAAAGACUUAAGAAUACAUUAAUUGGAGUACAAUACAAUUUGUCUGUAUUUCUAAACUGAAGUUCAAUUACCUUUUUUUUAUUAAUCUGUGCUUUCAUAAGUGCAUAAGUGUUGUGCCUGAAACAUCUUAUCAAUUUUUUUUCUUGUGUAGAAGUUUGUUAAUAUCACAGUCCAUAUUUGGGCCAUCUUCAAUUCUUCAUACUUGCAUCAGUCACUAGAUGGUUGCACUGAAACUCCUUACUUCACCGUCCACACUUGGAAUCCUUUGGUAGCUUCUCUAACUUCAGCAUUUCCUGCUUUAAGAUGUUUCCUCUUUAGCCAUGCUAUGAAUGCAUUGCUGGUUAUUAUUUAAUCGAUUUGCCUGCGCACAUAUUCUUAUCAUCAUCUGCAUCUAGUUGCACCAUCACUCUAUAUGUGGCACUGCUGGGCAUGUACUUCAUAGGAGGGCAGUGUUUAUUUAUCGUGUUAACAAAUUUGCUCUAUUGCCAGUUAACUUCAUCAGCCAACUCAUCCAGUCACCACACUGUCUCUGCCAUAUCCCUACUUUGCAGACUUACGGCUUUGAGAUCUUAAGUUUGCAUCUUAACAACCAUUAUUUUAUGGUUAACUUUGUUUUGUGACAGUUUUGUGAUAGAAUUAAUGAAAAAAAUCAGCUACAUAGUUGCAACAACAAUUAUUCUCUCUACCAAGCUUUCUCUUAGUAUCAUUGUGUAUAAUAUCAUAGGUCUCUACAUGAAAUGAGUACAUAUAGGGCUGGAAAUAGACCGGGCUGGGCCGAGCCACACCCCUACUCGAGCCCGGCCCGAAAUAUUUUUUCGGGCUUCGAGCCGGGCUUAGGCCCAAAAAUACGAAACCCCGGCCCAAGCCCAAUUAGGCCAACCAAGUGGGGAGAUUGAGAGAGAAGAUCAUGAUACCUCUUCAAUGGCGGCGGAGGCGGAGAGAAGAGGAAUCGAGUACGAGGAGAGGUGGAGAACGGUGAAUGAGGAGAACUCUAGCCUUAGGCUCCGGAUUGGAUUUUGUUGAUCGAUCGGAUUCCGUAUUUGGGAGUUUGGGGAAUAGACCGAAUAAGAGAAGUUAUCGACGGUCUGUUGCUCGUUGGUACUCCCCCCACUCCCCAUGCAUUCUGGCGUAGGCUUCGGUGCGCCCAGCGCUAUGUAGGCGUGGCCGUCCUUCAACGACGGCAGUGGUCCGAACGACCCGCCCUCGACAUCCUUCGCCUGGUCUGCACCUCCGGUGGCUAUCUCCUCGAUCAAUUGGACCACCUCCUUCAUAUUGAGCCUUUGUUUUGAAUCUACGUCGAUGUACGCCUCACGAGCUGCAGGAGCCGCUCCAUCACCAGCUCCGAUGCCUUGUCUCCUCCUGUGAUCAUUGAAGCGAUAAGUUCUCUCAUAGACCGGAGCCGACACCAGAGGGCAUGGGGAUUUCGGGUCUUAUCCAGUCUCGAGCUUGGGCUGGGCCCGGGCUGGGUCAAUGAUAUACUCGAGCCUGGCUCGAAAAAAAAGUGGGCUCUAUAAUUAAACCCAAAUCCGACCUGAAAAUUGUCGGGCCUAGCCAAUAGCCCGGCCCGAACCCAUUUCCAGCCCUAAGUACAUACCCAUAUUUGUUAUCCUAAAGCUUUGUCAUGUGAGAGAGGUAUGCAUGAUGAGAGUUUCUUUUAGUAUGGUAGUAGAAAUAUGGAAAAAUAAAAUCUUGACAUUACAUGAAUUUAAUGAAUUUGCUAGAAUUCAUGAAAAAAGUAGAUAUAGCCUCUAAAUAGCCAUGAGAUUCAUUUGGUUGAUGCGAUAUAUCUUUUAGAUACUAGGUGAUCACUUGGAAGUUGCUCUGUCGCUACCUUUGUAGCUUGACUGCACAUCAUGAUGCAAUUGACACGUAGUGUUUAUUUGAGGAAGUUCUUUUGGGAAGACCAAUGAAAGACCUUGGACGACACUGGAACAAAGGUGGCUGCUGGAAACCUAGAAGAAUUAGUGAUACAUUUUAGGGUGCCAUCUGUUUCAACUCUGCCGCUAUUAGAUAUAAAUGGUGCUGAUGCAUGUGAGGCAGAAAACUGUUGUAUUUGCCAUGAGAAUGCAUUUUCCAUCAUUGAACCCAAGCCAAUAUAUGAACAAGCUCCCAUAUUUUGCAUGCUUGCUACCUAUAUUGAGAGUUCCUUGCAAUGUAAUCUUAUAUGCAUGUCGAAUCCGUAGGCAUGAUAAUUGUUCCUGUCAAAUGCAACUCCUUUGAUUUUUGCCUACUUUUUUUUUAAAAAAAAAUGAUUUUCUCAAAACAUCACCAAUGUAUUGGCUUUAUUUCAUACUUCAUUUAUUCAUUGAGACUUUCAUUUUUCUAUAACUUUAAUUGUCUUAAAGUUGCUGUUUCGAUAUCAUGGUUAUGUCACACUGGCUGCCAAUGUGGUAUUAGCUCUCUUUCAGUCUUUGUAGCUCUUAUAGUUUCUCUAAACUUGCUGGAUUUGAAUGUGUCAAACUCUUGGACAUUUGGCUUAUGUUGAGUUGUGAUGUUCUUCUUCAUCUGGUCUCAGUUACCUAUAUCAUGAUACAAAGUGUGUUAUCAAUGAUCAAACACUUCCUUUCCUUUCCAAGCCUCUUGAGAUACAAUCAUAAGAAAUCCACCAAGAGGGAAGCUUGCUGGACCAUAUGAAACAUCACAGCUGGAAUCAAGGAUCAGAUACAGGCAAGGUUCGCCGGACCGACCGUACCGACGUACCGGUGGACAAUGGUAUCGGUUUCGGAACCGAUACCGAACCAGAGACGCGACGUGCGGACGCAAAAAAAAAAAACUAUGCAUCCGCGUGCGGAUGUGUUAGAUGCUGUGGUGUUAAAUGGCCCACGCGGGCUGCCAGCCCACGUGGGCACGCUGCCCCGCACGAGGUAAUAGCUUGUACCGGUGGAAACCGGCUUGUAUCGGUUCGUACCGAGCCGGUACGCACCGGUUUAAGUACGGAACCAAUCAGUUCCAACCCAAACUCGGUCGGAACCGAAUUUAAAUAUUGUAUCGUACCGGUGCCUGUCGGCACCGGUUCGGUAUGGGCCGAACCAACCGGUUCCGAUCAGUUCGGCAUACCUUAGAUAUAGGCAUGGGUGGUGAAAGUGAAUGACAUGAUUGGAUACCAUUCUUCUUUUGCAUAUUGUCAGGUUUGCCAACAGUGUGCUUGACCUUGUGAGUGAAGCUAUUAUCAUGUUUCUGUAGACAUAAUCAUAAUUUCUUGAAGAAAAUUCUUGCAGUUAAAGAUGAAAGAUUUAUUCUUCAUUGAAUUACUGAGUGCCUAGUGCAACAACCUUUGUUUUGUCCCAUCAGAAUUCCUCUUAUUGUUAUGCUAGGACAACUUUUUAUCACUAAAUCCCAUGUUGUAAUUACUGUUGCUACUAUUGGUUCUUCAUUGCACCUGCUGCAGACUGCUGAGUUUGAUAUCAAGAACGAGGCUUUGUUGGCCAUCUCAAAUGCAACUUCCAGCGUUUGAUCUUGCUGUGAACUGGGGUUCAGAUUUCCGACGAGCUAGGUCUGCAUCAAGCCCUUGUGCGAUCUCCUCAUCCGCCCUGACCCAAGAAUUGUCAACAGUUUCUUUCGAAGGUCUUGAAAACAUCAUGAAGGCCAGUGAAGCUGAGAAGUUGAGCACCACUGGGAGUGCUAAAUUUGUAAGUGCAGUUGAUGGCCGGCAUUGCCGAGAUUCAUAAGAAGGCUGCAAAGAUACUUGGGAACAACGAGCAGGUCCCAUUUCCAUCUGAUGGAUUCAACUUCAGCUAAGAGGAGGUUGGUUUAAAAAAUCCCAUUAGUUCUCGGUUGUGUAGGAUACUUCGGCAACGUGAAGAUCAAUCAUUUUUUCGCACAAAAGAUACAAUCCAUACCCUUAUCAAUAAACUCUGAAACCCUUUAUGUAAGGAGGCAUUGCAGCAAAAUAGAAAAAUGGCAUGGAACCUUUCUCAAUGAAAGAAGAGCCCCGGUGUUCUUAAAUUUGAUGCUGUAUAGAAAGGUCCAAUUCUAUCCA